CCCAUUGGUAAAAGCAAAGCAGGACAUGCUAUAUUUUAACAUACCGACAAUAGAGCCAUUAAUAUCAAUAAUUCCCUCUAUAAACCUGUAAUUAGUAGUGAAUAAGCCAAUGGCUCUAAACAACGCCGAUGACAGAAGUGAGAACCUGGCAAGCAUAUCACCGGCCCAAGUAGACGAGCCUUCUCUUUUAGCAUCUACAAAAAGGCCAGACCGCCCUCGAAUAGCCAACUACACUCGUCAAUCUUCUAGGCUACCCAGACAUUUUCGUAUAAAAACCAAUAGGAAAGUAUCAAACUCACCUAGACAGUUAUCAGACAAGGAGAACAUUCAUUCGCAAUGCGUGCCGUUCGAGCAGCAGAGGAUCGGACGCUACCACGAAAGCAUCCUCCAGCUGCUAUCAGAAGUGGCAGUAAAUCAGGACCGGCUUCUAGCUCUACUCCAGAAGAAAUAUGAUGAUAAUGAAGAGAGCUUAAAGUCUCCUUUCCCGCAUGUCAACGCCAAUCAGCCUCAACCGAGUCCUGUAAAAAUCAAAUUUAACCCUUCGUCUCUGCAGAAGUAUAUUCAAAACACAUUGCAUCCGGACUCGGUACGGUUGUGUGAUAUGUUCCUAGCAAGAUACAACCUCCCGCACGUUCUAUCCGGAUCAUACGACCCAAUCGAAUUAAUCCAUGCACACGGCUGGGAACAAGAAGGAUGCGGCGAAACCACUCUAGUAGUUCAGGAUACUAGUCGUGAGGAUGCUCAGGCGGUAGAAGUACCAUGGAGACAUAUUGACCAGAUUAGAGAACCACAACUCGCCCUAAAGCUCACGCGGGUCGCAUCCCUGAUUAAAAGUGACUGGGCCUAUCAGGGAAAGUCCAUACGGAACUUGGAUGAAGUUGGGGUGCCAUUCGAAACGGACGAGUUCGCAGAUUCUGGCAUCUUCCUAAACUGCCCAGGUUUCACAAAAGCCUUGCUAUACCAGUCAGGUUAUGAUUCUUAUGGGGCACAUUUUGCACGAGCACCCUGGUUGAGCGUGAAGCGCUCACUUUUGCGUCAACUUCAGCCUGACGACGACAGACUGCAUGUUGAUAGAUCUUGUCCUUGGGAUGGAAAGGUUUUUGGGCGGGUAUGGCAAGUGUUCCACGCACGACAACUCCUUAGCUUCGCUUGCAUAUACCUUGCUCUUUCUCAGAUGAGCGUCGUCGGUGAUACAGGGCAGGAUACUCUAGGAACUAGGAAAGCCUUGCGUUUCCUAAGCCGUCACACCUCUGACUGGCCGCGGUUCACGCAAACCAGCGAAGUCUGGCUAUCAUCCGACUGGAUUCAUAUGCAUUUCCAUCUUCGCGUCCUGUCAGCAGGGAAGCAGUAUUUACCUAGCACUGGUAGACCGCCUGAGAAUGGACUCCGCCCUUCUCGCGUGUCUGGCGUGCUUGCUUCUCUAGACGGCCUAGAUAAUAUCGGGAUCGUCGAGGAGAGAUUUUCUCUCGCAAUAGUGACCUCUCACACGACCGACAUGCCGCCAUAUACCAUUUUUUAUCUAAGCGACUCUGAGUACCGGCGCCUCUUCAUGGAAAGUGAGCGUUCACUAGAUAUGCCCAAUCAAGGAAGAUUCACUGGCAUUGCUGUAUUCCUCAGGAUUUUACUUUCUAUCUUCCCUCUAUGGAGGCGUAAAUGGGUUGAAACGCUGAAUGAGAUUGAUAAGUUGGUUGGUGUGAAGAUCGACGAGCUAUUUGACCCAGGACGCGACGGUGCCACGACCAUGUUUGAUAGCACCUUCGACAGGUCCCGUCUCUACUUCACGGUUCUCCAGACGCUGAGGAUAUUCUCUGAGUGGAUCCAGGAAAGUGGACGUGAGCUCCAACAGCUCCAACAAGACUUUGAUGCAAAUUUCCAGUUCAGCAUAGCUCGCCGUGAUUCUACCGGUUCAAGAGAUACUCCGAUUUCUUUUAUCGAGAAAAUCGACGAGACGUGGGAGAAAGUUAUAGCAAUCCACAGUGCCUCCUCAAAAUCUCUCAUGGAUCGCAUAGAAAAGAAGGAAGAAGAGAUCAAGGGUUUCAGGGAUGGCCUCUUCAGUGCUACUUCGGUACGCGAGGCGUCACGAGCGACGAUAUUAAACCAGUAUAUUCUAGUAUUCACCAUCGUCACCAUCUUUUAUCUUCCCCUGAGCUAUGUUUCCUCUUUAUUUAGCAUGGAUAUAUUUGCCUACGAUGAUGUAGCGCGAGGACAAUCUUCGUUCCUGAUCUCUACUUCCUUACUAGCGGUGGGUACCUGGGCGAUAUCAGGCGUCGUACUGUGGCUAGUUCACGACGACAAGAGACUAUCCAACCUCAAGUUAUCGUUAGGGAAUUUUCUACGGAAAACCUUCCAUCCCCGGCGAAGACGUAUCUUUGAUGAGAGAAAAGACUCUAUAUUCGAAGGCAUGUAGGAGUAGUUUAUACUUACCUAGGUACCUAGGUAUAUAAUGGAAUUGUCCACACGAGGGCUCCUACGAACUCCUCUAGACGCGAGGUAAAAAGAUG